AUGGUGUUGAAAUUAGAAAGCAAAAUAAAAGAGAAUGCUACUUCUUCUAAUACUUCAACUUGCUUUUAUACCAUCAAAAGAGGUUGUGCUUCCGCCAAAGGAAAAUUACUUGACGCCAUAGGCAUCUUUACCUUAGAUACAGGUGCUGCUGUUAGCAUUGUCAGUUUAGACUACUGGCGGCUUUUAAAAGGAACUGAAGCUGUUUUCCCUUAUUCUGGAGCUGAUAAUGUAGGCCCAGAAGGCAGUUCUAUUGAACCAGUCGGCUGGGUUGAAGCUGAUAUUACUUUAGCAGGACAAACUUUUAGACAUCCGGUUGUUCUAGCUCGCAAAUUCAAUCAAAGAGUCUUGAUAGGAACCGAUUUCAUGCUCGAAAUAGGUUUAGUUUUAGAUGUACAGGAUGGAAAAUGCUGGUUGAGAGAUAAACCGUUGUCUAAAUUUUUGCUAGCUACUGAUCUUCAGCAGGCCAGUCGCUUGGACAUACCCGUCUACGCUGUUCAUAAAAAAAGAAUUCCACCCUUUCAUCAAACUUUCAUCACGGCGCAAACACCAUUGGAUAUUAGCGGACAAAAGUGGGAAGCCACUACCACUUCUGCGAGUUCUCGACUUUCCAUUGCCAACAGUAUUGUUACUGUUGAACAGAAUAUCGCUAAUGUUAUGGUUGCUAAUCUGACACCACAAUGGAGUUAUAUUCGUCCUGGACAGAAACUCGCUUUCCUUGAUCAUUUUUCUUCUGAUUCUAGUCUGCAAAAAUCUGAUGGAUCACUUCAAGAGCAUCAGGAUACAUGUACAUUUAUUACACAAGAAUCACCGGUGUCUGAUCCGAAAGAAGGACAAUCUAAUUCAUCUAAUUCUGCUGAUAACUGUUCUAAAGACAUUUCAGCUACUAAAUGUGUUAACAGUCCAGAACUAGCAACAUCAUUAUUUAUAGCAGAGAGAAAAUUUGACAAUCACAUUGAAAAGAUUAGACGACGAUUGCUAAGUCAAGAUCUAAUUGCACGUCGGAUCGAACAUGAGAAAAUCAAGAUUCGAAAAGAUGCUGAUGUGGGUGAAGGAGAUUUCGGUUCGUCUUUAUCGCGUUUUGUUAAUAAUCAAAGUACAGUUGAGAGGCCAGAUCCCUUGACUGCCCUCGUUGUUCGUUCUUUAGCUGAGAAUACCGAUCUUGCGCAUAUUUCGCCAGCCAAUCCUCAAUUUUAUUCACAAAUUGCUGAGAAGCAAUUGGAGACGUUCAGUGAUUCUACAGAUAUACCUGGUGAUUGGCUAACUAAACUUGAUUUAGCUUCUUCUGGCUUCUCCUUGAACCAAGAAAAUCAGUUGCGGCAACUUCUCUUUCAGUAUUCCGACAUUUUCUCGUCAAAACCGGACCGUACUAAUAUAGUUAAACAUCACAUUGAUGUUGGUGAUGCCAGGUCGAUAAAACAAGGUCCGUACCGCCUUUUAUAA